GCGGACGACGGACCAUGCGAUGGCAUGUUUCGUCGCCACCGGGACGCCGGACCAUGCCAUGGCAUGGUCCGGCGGCUCCGGGACUCCGGACCAUGCCAUGGUAUGGUCCGGCCCCUCGACGACGCCAGACCAUAGAGUGGCAUUGUCCGGCGGCUCCAGGACUCCGGACCAUGCCGUGGUAUGGUCCGGCGCCUCCACGACGCCAGACCAUAGCAUGGCAUGGUCCGGCGGCUCCAGGACGGCGGACCAUGCCAUGCUAUGGUUCGGCGUCUUCGACACCAAACGAUGCCAUGCUUUGGUUCGGCGGCACCAGGACUCCGGAUCAUGCCAUGGCAUGGUCCGGCGUCUCCGCGACGCCAGGCCAUGUCAUGGCAAGGUCCAGCGGCUCCGGGAAACGGGACCCUGCCAUGGCAUGGUCCGGAGUCCCGGAGCCGCCGAAACAUGGCAGGCCAUGGUCCGGCGUUCCGGCGGCGGCGGACCAUGCCGCGACAUGGUCCGGGGCCCCGGAGCCACCCGACCCUGCCGGGGAAUGGUCCGGCGCCACGUGCCAUUCCGUGUUGGGGUCAUCGCAUCGCGAUGCGCGGGCGGAAGGGUCGUGCCAAUGCAAUGUAAGACCAUGGGAUGGUUCGGCGCCCCAGGGAUGCCGGAGCAUACCAUGGUCCAGCGCCUCGGGCGCUCCAGACCAUGGGACGGUCCGCCGCCCCGAGGACGCCGGACCAUCCAAUGGUCUGGCGCCUCGGGGACGCCAGACCAUACCAUGGGAUGGUCCGGUGCCCCGGGGACGCCAGACCAUACAAUGGUCCGGCGCCUCGGGGGUUCCAGACCAUGGGAUGGUGCGGCGCCCCGGGGACAACGGAACAUCCAAUGGUCCGGCGCCUCAGGGGCUCCAUGCAAUGGGAUGGUCCGGCGCCCCGGGGACGCCGGACCAUGCCAUGGUCAGGCGCCUCGGGGACUCCAGACCAUGGGAUGGUGCGGUGCCUCGGGGACACCGAGACAUCAAAUGGUCCAGCGCCUCGGGGGUUCCAGGCCACAGCGUCCCCAGGAUGGUACGACGCCCCGGGGACGCCGAAACAUCCAAUGGUUGAGCGCCUGGGGGGCUCCAGGCCAUGGGAUGGUCCGGCGCCCCGAGGACGACGAACCACACCAUGGUCCGGCACCUCGGGGACGAGAGGCCGACCAUCGAAGGUCGGGAAACCCGCAUCGCUGCCUGCGGCUCAAACCAUGCACACGUCGAACGUCAACAGUGAGAAGGGGAGCUGCCCACAUCCGUCAGAGUCAUCUACUGCAUACCGAGGAACUCCAUCAACGCAACAACCCCUCUCCACUGAGUCUCCAACUCUGAGAGCAUGUCCCCUCCAUUCGGGAAGCUUUGCCGAAACAGUAACUCCUCGCCACGUUCAAUUCAUGCUCCUAAGAAGAGAAAAAAUAGUUCUUCAAUAUGAGAAUCACCCAUCCCAUACUGUAGUCUGAAGGUUGAGACUGGAGGAUUUAAUCAAGGCAGUCAAGCAUG